AUGGCAGAGUCUGUUGAGCAAAUUAUUUCUUUAUCAUCCCAUCUGCAUUCUCAAAAUCGCUUAUCUGAAACCGACUAUGUAAACCGGGUCCAGGAAUUGGUCGCUAUUCUCAGGCGAUCAAGUCACAGCCUUCUCAGCGAGGCUGUCUUGACUGACCUGAAUCCCCACGAGCACACUUUACCCUAUUUAUUCGUGUUGCUCCAUCAGAUUGACUUGGCACGCAGCAGAACAAGAAGUGCUUUGCCAGACGACAUAAAGCCCGGUGGCCGACUAUGGUCUCCAGCCGUACAGUUUUUGAGAGAGUUCAAAGGACCUCAAGUUCGUUUUGUGGGCCAUGAAUGGCGUCAACUUGUGAAUAUGAUUCUAGAUGCCGCAGAAGAUGACUCGAAGCCGGUAUUAGCAGUCCGCGUGCUGAGUGGCGCAAUAAUGCGAAUUGAUCAAAACGUGUGUGAAUUCACCUCGUUGCACCCAAGGUUCCUCCGACUGUGCCUGCUAUCGCAGUCUUACAGCUAUGCAUUGCCUGUACUUGAUAAACACAUAUCCAGUAGUCAUACAAGCUUGGAGCAGCCUGCCCGGGGUGACAACGGAUAUAUGCUAGCCUCAAAAAACGAUGCCAACGAUUUUAUUGCAGAAGCACCCGACAUCUCUUCCAGACUGACACACAAGGAUAUUGUGCAGUUUUAUCUCUAUGGUGCCAUGAUAUACAUGGCACUUAAAGAGUGGGAUAAGGCCUUGCACUGGUUGAGUGUUGUAAUCUCUUUCCCUGUUGUCAAUUCAGUGAGCAAAGUCAUGAUUGAAGCAUUCAAAAAGUGGGUGCUUGUGGGCUUACUGAGACACGGCAAGCUCGUUACUGCUCCAAAGAUAAUAUCCUCGCAUGUUAUGAAGAUAUACCAAGCUGUCGCAAGACCCUAUCUUUCCCUCGCAGAUGCUUUUGAAAAGUCGGAUGAGCAAAGAUUGCGCACGGAGGCGGAUUUAGGGAAAUCAGUUUGGUGUGCUGAUCUCAAUUCUGGCCUUGUUCGCCAGCUUUUGCAGGCCUAUGACAUGUUUCUUGUACUCAAACUUUGCAGGGUUUUCUCCGCUCUGACAACAAGAGAUAUCGCAGCAAAAGCGGCGUCUGCAGGCUUGGUCUCAUCAGCGAAGAUCGAGAAUUUGAUUGCGUUUCUUGUGAUGUCUGGAGUGCUAGGGGCACGACUGUUGCAAAGGCCUUGCGAUCUAUCUCUCAGCAUGUUGCGUUUCCCUAAGUCCAUACAGCCUUAUUGCAGUCGAAGCAGGACGAGGGUUGGGCUAAUGAGGAAAAGCCAUGCACUCGAGCUCUUGAGCCACAACUGUAGGGAAUGUAACAAUGAGUUAAAGAUAGGCCGUGAGAACAUCGAUGUCCUUGUGAGAUGCCAGGGGUGGUCUGGUGUUACAGGAAAGGGAGGCGGCAAGGGCAGUAUCGAUCAUGCUGCUUUCGGGGUUGAUGAAGACAUAAUGGGAGAUCUUAGCUAG